AUGCGACACCUAAACCGUCACAUAGGUGAGCAACGGACUACUGCAUCUCUCAUCGAUUACUCUUGUUCUGAACUUCCCACAGACCGCGUGCCCCUGAUUGUGGCCAAUCAUCUGUCGUACAUUGAUGUGCUGGUGCUCAUGAAGCUGUAUCAGCCCAGUUUCGUGGCCAAG